ACUAAAUAAUCAGAUGAGAGAUCACGAUGACGAUGUGCCCGUGGCCAAGCGGCGGCGGCGGCUGUGUGUCCAAGUCCAACCCGCCGGCGCCGGCGCCGCGGCGGCUGGCAUCCCGGAAGACAUUGUGGAGGAAAUCCUCCUCCGCCUCCCUGUCAAGUCCGUCCUGCGGUUCAGGUCCGUGUGCAAGUCGUGGCGCGCCAUGGUCGCCGACCCGUGCUUCGCGCGCCUCCAGCUGCGCCAUUCCACGGCGGCGGAGCGGCGCCGCCAUCCGCCGUCCAUGCUCGUCCUGCCGUGGUGGGGCUGGAGGCCGCAGCGGCAACAGAUGCAGGGGACCAUCGGCUUCUUUCGCUACCCGGGGCAUGGCGCCGCCGCGGAGCUCGCGCACGUGAGGGCAUGGUGGUCCCCGACCUCGCACGCCGCCGCCGCCGACUGGGACGACGGCGCCGACUGGGAGCUGCCCCUGCAAUGCAACGGGCUCGUGCUGGUGUUCUCCAUGGAGAAGAGCCUCUCCUCCUCUCUGAUGUUCGUCUGCAACCCGGCGACCAAGAAGCUCGCCGUGGUGCCGCCCGGUACGCCGGACGCGCACGGGAACCAAAGCGUGGGCUUCGGCGCCGACAAAUCUACGGGCAAGAUCGACAUGAAGGUGGUUCGCUGCUUCGCCCGCUCAGACGAGAGCGUCGGGUGCGAGGUCUUCUCCCUCGGAUCGCCGGCGUGGAGGCCGGUCGCCGACUCGCCAUGCCCCGUCAGGGCCGGCGCCGCGUCGCCGUGCAUCCUCGGCGCCAUCUACUGGAUCACCACCGCAGCGCCAACCCCAGGGAUGCUACGCUUCGACGUGCGCCGCGAGGUGUUCGACGAUUUCCCGAGCCCGCCGUGCGUGCAUCACGACGGCACUUCGCCGGCGACCGCGACCCUGACGGAGCUGUCCGGCAACAAGCUGUGCUACGCGCACGUCGUCGCCGGCCAUACCGUUGAGCUCUGGACGAUGGCGGCUGCUUCCGCCGCCGACGACGGGCCGCGGUGGUCGCGGCAUUGCGCCGUCGAGCUAUGGCGCCCCACUCAGCUCGUCGUCCCGUUUGCCGACGAUCGCCAUGGCGGCAUCUUCUUCAACUUGGAUCUCGCCGUGAUUGACAGGCAUGACACCCAACGCCAAGUUGUUGAACGUGUGGUCGACAUGAACAAGGAGAUGACCUACUUCCAUUCAAGGGACAAGCAGUACUACAUAAAUCGUGGAUUUAGGUGGAUGCACCAUGUCAUUCAGUACAGGGAGAGCCUAGUAUCCGUAAAAGCGAAUUAAUUAAGGGAUUGUAUCAGCCAAAGGAAAUUAACUAGAUUGACUUCUGUUACAAUUUUAUAUCCAGGAAAGUUACUGAGAGUGGAUGUUCACCCCUUUCAUGCAUUUGAGUGGG